AUGCAGAAACCUCCCGCCUGGGUAAUAGCCGCUUGGCCUGAGCCCAAUUACGUCGAUCCAGAAACGCAUGGAUGGGGGAAUGUCAUUCUGAAUAUCGUUCUAUACGUAGUACUAUGUUGCUUUAUUUCACUGAGGAUAUGGACGAGGACAAGACUGAGGGCUUCGUUUGGGGCGGAUGAUAUGAUGAUCUUGUUUGCUAUGAUUCCUACGACCGGGUUCUUCGUUCUGAGUCUGCUGGCAGAUUUGAAAUUCAUGUGGACCAGACAUCAAUACGAUAUCCCAAGCUCACAUGUAGAAUUCGGACUGAAGAUGGUUCUCUUAAUAGAGAUCAUGUUCGCAUCAGCAUGCACCUUCACAAAAUUGUCCAUGUUGAUGCUUGUUCGUCGCAUGUUAACCAGUGCUACUAUAUUCUGGAGACGGGUGACUCUGGCUGCUAUUUGUAUAGUCGGGUUACAAGGAGCCUUAUUUUGUAUCGUGUUGGUGUUUCAAUGUAGGUUAGUUAAAAUCAUUGCUUUUUCCUUAUGUUUGAUAUGCCGACCGGGGGGCAAGUGUCGAGAUACCCCGCAGGAUUACUGGAAAAUAACAGACGAGCCUCAACCGAAUUGCAUAGACCAGUCUUCUACACUUCUUCUUGCCGGGAUCAUCAACACUCUUACAGACUUUCUCGUGGUCAUCCUUCCCAUCCGUACAGUGUACUCAACAAAUCUUCCCCGUCGUCAAACCCUCAUCGUCUCUUUCCUCUUCACCCUCGGUUUCCUAUCAUGUUUUGCAGGUGUCAUUCGUACAUACUACAUGUACCAAGUAACACAAACAUAUGACCAAGUAUGGGCUUCUUUCCCCGUAUGGGUUUCCGCAGCUGUAGAAUUAUAUGUUGGAAUUAUAUGCACCUCCAUCCCCGCCACAAAAGUCUUCUUCGCAACCUACAUUCCCAAAAUCUUUAAUUCUCACCCCACCCGCCCGUCCCAAUCUUCUUUCAGUGCCCCAAAUAUCUUCAAAAGUGUCCCAGUCCCACCUUCCGGUUUCGGCGUCACAUCAACCUCCAAAUCCACAAACUCUCUCCCCCAAUCAAAAUCACAUUCAAACUCCAAUUCAAAAGUCCUCAACAGUCAAAGCUCCCAAACUCCUCUAAACGGCCGCGAAGAAGACACCCAAUACGAUAAUGACACCGACCUCGACCAAACCGUCGGAACGAGCAUUUUCGAACUCGGCACCUACACCAACCGUUCUAGUAAAUUGAGCAAAACAAGCAGCACGUCCCCAAUAAUCUCAGACGAGGAAAUGCACAUCGGAACCGCAUCAGUCAUAUCACCACUAAACAGCAAUCCAGUAUCCAACAGCACCCAUAAUAUCGCGAACCUAGGACGCAAUAUCCUGGGCUCCGUGCGACGGGACAAAUUAUCGCUCGGCGGCGAUCGAUCGCGGAAUCGCUCGAGGAACCAGGAUAGAGAAAAUGAUGAUAUCUACAUGUCCCUCUCGGAGGAAUCGGGGCGGAAGGAAAAGGAAGGAGGAUGGGAUAUACAUAUUGAUGUGGUGAGGACGGUGGAGGUGGAGGAGGAAUGUAUUGCGGGGAGGAUAUGA